AUGGAGAAGCUGCGGCUCCUGGGCCUCCGCUACCAGGAGUACGUGACUCGUCACCCGGCCGCCACGGCCCAGCUGGAGACGGCAGUGCGGGGCUUCAGUUACCUGCUGGCAGGUCGCUUCGCCGAUUCGCACGAGCUGUCAGAGCUGGUGUACUCUGCCUCUAACCUGCUCGUGUUGCUCAAUGAUGGGAUCCUGCGCAAGGAGCUUCGGAAAAAGCUGCCCGUGUCGCUGUCCCAGCAGAAGCUGCUAACAUGGCUGAGCGUGCUGGAGUGUGUGGAGGUGUUCAUGGAGAUGGGGGCCGCCAAGGUGUGGGGUGAAGUGGGCCGUUGGCUCGUCAUUGCCCUCAUCCAGCUGGCUAAGGCAGUGCUGCGAAUGUUCCUGCUCAUCUGGUUCAAGGCUGGCCUCCAGACCUCACCCCCCAUCGUUCCGCUGGACAGGGAGACCCAGGCACGGCCCCCGGAUGGUGAGCACAGCAGCCAGGAGCAGUCAUACGUGGGGAAGCGGUCAAACAGAGUGGUGCGAACGCUCCAGAACACCCCGUCCCUGCACUCCAGGCACUGGGGGGCCCCCCAGCAGCAGGAGAGACGGCAGCAGCAGCACCAGGAGGAGCUUUGCAGUACCCCCACCCCUCUGGGGCUGCAGGAGACCAUCGCGGAGUCCUUGUACAUUGCCCGGCCCCUGCUGCAUUUGCUCAGCCUGGGCCUCUGGGGGCAGCGGUCGUGGAAACCCUGGCUCCUGUCUGGUGUCGUGGAUGUGACCAGUCUGAGCCUCCUGAGCGACAGGAAGGGCCUGACCCGGAGGGAGCGGCUGGAGCUGCGGCGUCGGACCAUCCUGCUGCUCUACUACCUGCUGCGCUCCCCAUUCUACGACCGCUUCUCCGAGGCCAGGAUCCUCUUCCUGCUCCAGCUGCUGGCAGACCAUGUCCCCGGCAUCGGCCUGGUGACAAAGCCACUCAUGGAUUAUUUACCUGCCUGGCAGAAAAUUUAUUUCUACAGUUGGGGCUAA